CGAACGGGACAGUAGAUCUCGGACCAGACCGAAAAAAGGCAAAACGAAGGAAAAUAACUUUUUAGCAGCUCGUUGUCGUCGUCCGUCGUCGCGUUCGCGUUUUUCCUCCACACACAGGCAGCGGUGCGUUCUUUUGGCAGGGCUCCGGAUUUUUCCCCGUGCGUGUGUGUAAUCCAAUCGGAUCGAAGCAAGAGCUGCAGGAAUCAUAAUUCUGGUUUUGUUGGUCUCAGUCACAGCCAGCUUUUGUCGCGGAGGUUCCUUUCGAUUGUUGUAAAACGGUGCACGGUGGAAAACAUUGGAAGAAAAUUCGUCGCCUUCAACCGAGUCGAGCUGUCCGGGAUCACAGUCAGCAGCGUAAAGGACUUGAAACUCCCAAUUCUCGUCGGCAGCAGCGGUGGUGAAAAAGACGAAGCACAAACUUUGGUUGGACGUUCGCCCAGUUUGGAAUUGCGAAUUUUUUUUCUGUGCGUAUUUGUGAAUCUCGUGUGACAAAAGUUGCUGCAAUCGGUCGGAAGUUUAGUGCCCUAAAAUAGUAUCACCCGCGGUGAAGUGUCGAGCGAAAAAUCCGUCAAAACAGAUCGGUGCACAAGUGAACCCUCAAGUGGAAUUCUCAGUUUCUCGAGUGUAAAACCAAUUCGAUUCCAGUCCACCCCGUUGGGUUCCAAUCGGAUUCCGUUUGGCAUUCUUUUUUUGCGAUUGCUUCUGGUGUUGUCAUUCGGGUGAGAAGCAGACAGGGCGAAAGCGGUUUAGGCGAGCACGUUCCUUCGGAAUCCCUCGUCGUUGUUGGAUUGUCGCGAGUCGUGUUGCACCGGUUGGAAGCAGCGAGCGUCCCAAUAAAAUCCCUUCAUCUUUUUUAAUUAAGACACGACAAGGCAAGGAUUCCCAACAGGAAAGGGACAUAAAGUCGUGGAUAUUAGAGCGCGUAGUUUUUUCCCCCUAUCGUACCUGCCUCGUUUAGGAGUGCGUCCACCUGCCGGCACCACCCGUAGGAUAUAAACCCCGCUAGGCACGUCGCCGUGGUCACCCACCCACCCGAGCAGGGUCCAUCUGAGGGAGACAGUAUAAAGGUCUAUUGUUGUACGCGCGGUGCACAUCGCACAUUCCGUACCUUCCGUACGGACACACCACCACCACCAGCAGGAAGAGUCAACAACUGCAGUGCGCAGUACUUCCCGCCGGACGAACCAACGACACAGCAUAGGCUAACAGCACAGCACCGGCAGCAACAAUGGGAAAGCAGAACAGCAAACUGAAGCCCGAGGUGCUGGAGGAUUUGAAGCAGAACACAGAAUUUUCAGACGCAGAGAUACAAGAAUGGUACAAAGGUUUCCUGAAAGACUGCCCCAGUGGCCACUUAUCGGUGGAGGAAUUCAAGAAAAUUUACGGCAACUUCUUCCCGUACGGAGAUGCGAGCAAGUUUGCAGAGCAUGUGUUCCGAACAUUCGACGCCAACGGAGAUGGCACUAUCGACUUCCGGGAGUUCCUGUGCGCCCUCAGCGUCACCUCCCGAGGCAAGCUAGAACAGAAGCUCAAGUGGGCGUUCUCGAUGUACGACCUGGAUGGUAAUGGGUACAUUUCCCGGCAGGAGAUGCUCGAAAUCGUCACCGCAAUCUACAAGAUGGUCGGCUCGGUGAUGAAGAUGCCGGAAGAUGAAAGCACACCGGAGAAGCGAACGGACAAAAUCUUCCGCCAGAUGGACCGCAACAAGGACGGCAAACUGAGCCUGGAGGAGUUCAUCGAGGGCGCGAAAAGUGAUCCGUCGAUCGUGCGGCUGUUGCAAUGUGAUCCGCAGGCGCAGUGAGCAAUUCCAAAACUUACACAACCUCCACCAUCAUCAACAUCAACAACACAACCACCACCAUCACAACAGACACAACAAACACUACAACAGCAGGCUCCUGUUCGGUGUCGGCGCCGGGGCAGCUGUCGCUGGCGCCGGCUUCGAACCGCUGUUGCGACCUCUUCUACCACUACAUCUACUACUAAAACAACAGCAGAAACAGCAUAUACUUGUAACGCUAGUAAUGCAAGUGACGAGGAAUAUGAAGAGGAAACGGGAGAAGAGAAUGAAGAAGAGUACGAUUGGCUAAUAGUUGAUAAGUCGGAAGAGAGCUCGAGACGCCGCCGCCGCGUUAGCAAACUGAGACAAACUUUGCAACACGCUAAUAGUAACUCUGAUAACAAGAAACCUAAUAAUUAUAAAAUUUUACUAUUAUAUAACAAUAUUUAUUACAAAUCACAGUUUAUAAUUUACAAAUUGAGAAAAAUGAUAAAAAAUGUUAAAAAAUAAUACAAAUAAGUAUCUCAAAAGUUUAAACACAAACAAGUAUAAACUAUAGUAAACAAAACAAAAAAGAAAAACUUUAAAAUAAGCAUAAAUCGUUGAACCAGCUUCAGAUUUUUUUAGAUAUACAAAACAUGAGCGCGAGUUUAUAUGUAAAUAUUUUUUAAAUUGAUAUUUCUUUUCAUCGCUUUCUAGUGUUCCUGCCCCAUUUCCCCAAUUGCUAUGAAUUUAUUUCCACGACAUACCUUCUCUUAUGCGUCCUUAGUUGUAACGUGUUAUCCAGAUUCAAAAGAAAACGUGUUAUUAGGCGCAUCGUAAUCGGUUUGAAUUUCUUUAUGAGUUUGUAAAAAUCCUUCGAAACACUGAAAACAAACUAUCGCUUCCCGAGGAAAUUAGAUCGAUCCACACACACACACAUAUUGUAACUAUAAGGCUCUAGCUGCUGUUGGUUAUUUGUUUCGAUGCUCUUUCGAUCCUUUCCCUAGCCUAUAGUAACUUUCGAAUCGGAUUUGCUACCGUGGAUUUAAACUAAACUGUGAGAAUUCCUUACCCCUUUAACAAAGACACAAAAGAAAGAAUGAGAUUUAUUAUACGAAAAUUAGAACUGUAGUGAACAUCUCUCUAUCUUUCUUUUAAUGGAAUGUUAUGAAUUGUGUGAUACUACCACUUCCAGUUAGGAAAACUGAAGCUAUCUAUUAGAGCUACCAAAUUCCUCUCGCUCACAUCUACAUAUGCAUAGGAAAACAUAUAAAUUGAACGGAUAAAACAAUUGAGCUGAAAAUUUCCCUUUGGUAACACCCAAGCAGUGAUUUGAUAUUUUCAAAUCACGUGUCUUAAGAUUGACGAAAAGCUACUUAAUAACAUCUUUCAUUAUCUUUCUAUUUAUUUAUUGGAAAACGAUGCGUUGAUUUUCUGUGCGAUAAAUCAACCGUCAUUACGCCAAAUAGUGCCAUCUCUGCUUUAAAACAAACCAUGAUUAGGAAGUUUUUCGUCUGCCAUUCCCAAUAAACGAGUGUUGCUUUCAGGGAUGAUUUUCCUCAAUUUAUGUCCAACACUUUUCUGGAUUGCUAUCGAUCGAAGACAACAUAAUGGAGAUGAAUGGCUACCUCUCUCGCCCAGACGCAUACUAAUGUGGAAGAAAGUAUUAGACAUUUUUGUUGAAAUGCUCUGUACUUCACAUGUCUAAUCCGGCAAUCUUCAUUGAGAAUGCGAAAAAAAUCAAAGCAAACGUGGAACGAACUCACCAGAACUGUUCCAUCAUUGGUCGGCAGGUGGCACCACGUCAUCUCGCAUACAUGGUGGCCAUUCUUCUUCUGAAUAUGUUCUCUUCGGCAGAUUGCAAACACCCACACGAAAUACCCAAGAACAGAUCAGGCCUAAACUGUGCACCGCUGCCGGCCUUCGGCCGGACCGGUUGCCCAAUACUGUAAGAAUUUUUCUCUGCUUCCGCGAAGUCACAGUCUGCAGUCUCUGCCCAAAGCACGAUCGGUCACAACAAGCAACAACGUUCGAUGGAAAGGAAAAUGUCAACAUACGUACCCAUGUGAGCGUGUGAAACAGAUGUGAAAAUGUCGAUAAUCUUUGACUAGGAAGAGAUUGGAUCAAUUCUUCGUAUUUGAAACACUUUAACUGAAAAUAGUCCCAAAUGUAAAAGAUUGAAACAAACAUGUCGACGUCAACAAAAAACGAUAACGUUAGGCAUAAAAAAGUCCAGUUUAUAGAUAAGAUUCAAAAUUAUGAUCCAUAAGUCGAAUUGUACCAUGUGAAUGUGCUAAAAAUUUGAUUCUGAAACAGUUUUCAUGAAACAUAUGCUGGAUGAUAGUUUCCAAAAAGUAACACAAUCUUCAAUGCUAACAAAAUAGUGAUUCAUUUCUUUUAUUCAGUUUAUUUUUAGGAUUGAGAGAACCCCUCGAAGUAUUUGACGAUUCUUCAUAUUUAUUCAAGUAUACGAGCUACUCUCAUUUAUUUAUUACGUUAUUACACACUAUUAUGCUUUAUAAUUGUAAGUCGUUUCGGACGGUAUCAUCUGAUUGCAACGGUUUAUUUCUAUCCCAGUUCCAUCAUCACAAGAAAUUUUCUUCUUGCAGUCUUACACUUCGAGAAACAUUCGUUCUACAUUUACCAGUUUUCUAACCUUUUUGUGAUCGCAAACACGCAUACGAACAUGAACAUACUAUCUCAAAGAAUGCAUUAGUUAGUAAACUCAGUGAAAACAAAUUUUAGUUAUGUUUUGAUUUCCCCUUUUUUAAUAUUUUAAUUGUUAAAAGUCACUUCCUCAUGAAUUGAAGUGGUAGAUGAGAAAGGGAAUGAGGAAGAGACACUUACACAAAUACUUUCAAGCAUACACACAUACACAUACUGACAGUCUCACAUUUACAUUUAGUUUUACGCUAAGAGUUGAAGAGAAGUUUGUACAGCCUUUUGAAUAAAAUUGAUAAUAUUUUUUUCCAUUUUAUUUAUUA